CGAUGUAUGCAGCUUCUCGACUUGAGAUCAGAGGCAUUGCAGAAUUCUGUCAGGACGCGCGCAUCAUGUAGGCUGAGCGAGACGUAUUUUCUUUCACUACUCUGGAAGAAGAACAACACAGGGGAAGUGACAUAUAUUUAAUCUAAAUUAAUUUCAUGGGAAGUUGGCUCAGGCAUGGAGAGUUGUGAUUCCCAAACAGGCGACAGGAUGGAGGCAUGGUUGGACGAUCACUUGGACUUCGCUCACUCCUACUUUGUAAGAAAAGCCACGAGGGAGAUGGUCAAUGCCUGGUUCGCUGACAGAGUCCACACAAUCCAGCCAUCCAAAGAAGGUUCCAGAUCUCAGACGGAGCCCGGCUCGGCGUCGCUCCAGGGCGGCCGGCCUGACGGGACCUCCCCCUCCCCGGUCCCCGGAACCCCCACGCGCAAGAUCUCGGCCUCCGAGUUCGACAGGCCCCUGCGGCCCAUCGUGGUGAAAGACUCGGAGGGCUCCCUGACUUUCCUCAGUGACUCAGAGAGGCGGCUGAUGCCCCUCAGGGCCCAGCGUUUGGAGGCCGGCGAGGGGCAGCCGGUGAGCGACCGCUGCGCCCGCCUGCUGGAACUGGUCAGGGAGGUGUCCAGCUACCUGGACAUCACCGCGCUCUGCCACAAGAUCUUUCUGCACAUCAACGAGCUCAUCGCGGCCGACCGCUACUCCCUCUUCCUGGUGCACGAGGACAGCUCCAACGAGAAGUUCCUGGUCAGCCGGCUCUUCGACGUGGCCGAGGGCUCCACGCUGGAGGAGGCGUCCAACAACUGCAUUCGCCUGGAGUGGAACAAGGGCAUUGUGGGACACGUAGCAGCCACCGGGCAGCCGCUGAACAUAAAGAACGCCUACGAGGAUCCUAGAUUCAAUGCAGAAGUUGACCAGAUCACGGGAUACAAAACCCAGAGCAUUCUUUGCAUGCCUAUCAAGAACCAUAGUGAAGAGGUGGUUGGAGUGGCACAGGCGAUUAACAAGAAGUGUGGAAAUAACGGUACAUUUACAGAACAAGAUGAAAAGGACUUCUCCUCCUAUCUGGCAUUUUCUGGGAUCGUUCUCCACAACGCGCAGCUCUACGAGACGUCUCAGCUUGAAAAUCGGCGGAAUCAGGUGCUGCUGGACUUGGCCAGUCUGAUCUUUGAGGAGCAGCAGUCUCUGGAGGUGCUGCUGAGGAAGAUCGCGGGCACAAUCUUGUCCUUCAUGCAGGCACAGUGCUGCACCGUCUUCAUCGCCGAUGGCGACUCCAUGAACUCUUUCUCCAGCGUGUUCCACAUGGAACAUGAGGAACUUGGCGAGUCUGUCGAGGUUCCCAAACGGGACUGUGACGUAAGCAAGAUCAACUACAUGUAUGCGCAGUAUGUGAAGAACACCAUGGAGCCGCUGAACAUUGGGGACGUCACCAAAGACACACGAUUCCCCUGGACGAGUGAAAGUGCGGAGCACUCGCGGAAGCAGAUGAGGAGUUUGCUCUGCACCCCUAUCAAAAACGGAAAGAAGGAUAAGGUCAUAGGUGUCUGCCAGCUGCUGAAUAAGAUGGACGAGGCCUCUGGGAAGAUCAAAGCGUUUAACCGCAACGACGAGCAGUUCUUGGAGGCCUUCGCCAUCUUCUGUGGGCUGGGCAUUCAGAACACUCAGAUGUACGAGACAGUGGAGAGAGCCAUGGCCAAGCAGGAGGUCACACUGGAGGUCCUCUCGUACCAUGCCUCUGCAGCCGAGGAAGAGACACGGGCGCUGCAGGUAACCGCGGCAGCUACUGUUCCCUCGGCUCAGUCCCUGCGUCUGAUGGACUUCAGCUUCAGUGACUUUGACCUGUCGGACGCCGAGACCACGCAGGCCACCAUACGCAUGUUUGUGGACCUCAGCCUGGUGCAGAACUUCCAGAUGAAGUACAAGAGUCUUUGCCAGUGGAUCUUAAGUGUGAAAAAGAACUACAGGAAGAAUGUGGCCUACCACAAUUGGAGACACGCCUUCAACACAGCACAGUGCAUGUUUGCCGUGCUAAAAUCAGGAAGGAUUCAGAGUAAGCUGAAUGACCUGGAGAUCCUGGCCCUAAUGAUAGCCACGCUCAGCCACGACCUGGACCACAGAGGGGUCAACAACUCGUACAUACAGAGGAGUGACCACCCUCUGGCACAGCUCUACUGCCACUCUAUCAUGGAGCACCAUCACUUUGACCAGUGCCUCAUGAUCCUCAACAGCCCAGGUAAUCAGAUCCUGAGCAGCCUGUCUCUGGAGGAGUACAAAUCUACGCUGAAGAUGAUUGAGAAGGCUAUUCUGGCGACAGACCUGGCACUUUACAUGAAGAAAAGAGGUGAGUUCUUUGAUCUCACCAAGAACAGCCAGUUUGUCUGGGACGACGAUUACCACAGAGACUUACUGAGGUCAAUGCUGAUGACAGCGUGUGACGUGUCUGCCAUCACUAAGCCCUGGCCGGUGCAGAGGAGGGUAGCAGAGCUUGUCGCCACAGAGUUCUUUGAGCAAGGAGACAAAGAAAGGAGGGAGCUCAACAUUGAGCCCAUUGACUUGAUGAACAGGGAGAAGAGCGAUAAGAUUCCGAGCAUGCAGGUGUCCUUCAUCGAUGCCAUCUGCACAGAGCUUUAUGAGACCCUCACCAACAUCUCAGAAUCGUGCUCCCCUCUUCUGGAAGGGUGCAGGAAGAACCGGCAAAAUUGGAAUCUUCUGGCGGAACAGGGGGAUAAAACGGAAAUGGUCAACGGAGCGUUGUAAUAUUCCCCCGGACGAGCAACGCCCACACUCCUGCUCAGAGACCCCAAAAUCCUCCAGACCUCCUUUCCAACCAUCACCUCUUUAAGCUUUAUUUAUUCAUUUAGCCGUCCUUAUUUUUGCACAAAGGAGAGUCUCAGAUGACAUGUAUAUAUAUAUAUCCUUCACGCAGAAAGCCUGAGAAGAGGAUGUGAUGGACGCUGGAGGCCAGGAUACUUGUGCAGUUCCAACUGAUGCAACCUCAGUCAAGUGCUCUCUGGAAAUCCAAACAGCACAAACGUAGUGCAGCACAACCCAACACCACAUGACUGAACUGCACUACCACGCACUACGGAUUAGAGUAGAAUAAUACCGUAUUAGCAUUUUCACACUGUCUUACAUCACACCUUAGUAUUUAUUGUUUUAUAUAUUUAUUAGUUUUAUACAGUCAGUUUCAUGUUAAUAAUACAGAAACCUUUUAUGAGAGUCUUAUAUACGAUUUGACAAAAAACUAAAGAUUUUUUUUCAGACUACAUAAAUAAACCAAUCUUUUUUCACAUCGCAGAAGCACAGAAUUUAAUUCAUUCCACCGAUAUUAUUACACGUAAUUCCUUGUUGUUUUUUUUACUUGUAGAAACAUUAGUGCUGUCGUGUUCAACCUGCAUUUUAAAUGAUGAGGUUUUUGUGUGGGGUUUUGCUAGACUUCACUGCCAUCCUCUGAUGUCAUUCACCCAGAACUACCGUGUGCCUGCUUGGAAGAAGGGACAUGUGUUUGGACACCUGUUGUCACCAGGCCGGACGGUGACCUGACCAGCAGGUGUCCUCUUUUGAAGCCACUUUGAACCCGAGUUGGGGGUAGGAAAUGGAUGGACGUUUGAAGUCUGAAAUAGAGGUUCAAAGGAUCACCAAAUAAGCCAUUGCUGCUAGAGUCUAUUUUGUAUAAAAUAUCACCAUUGGGAGGUUUAUUUGCAUAUCAAAAAAAUCCUCUUUGAAAUGCCUCACAUUUGUUGUGUGCACUUUUAUAAUGAAAAGAUAAUUUUAAAAAAGUUAAAGAAAAUAAAAUGACCAGCUAUUCAGACAACUGCCCCAAAAAGAGAUGGGUGAAAUAAGAAAAGAAGUUUGGUUUUCUUUGCUGGGUAUAGCUCAGCCUUCGUCGUCUCACAUAUUGUGAUGGGGGCUCCUACCAAACUAUAAUAUAAGAAGGCACGUUCACACUUCUGUUUAUUUGACGCACAACAUAGAUAACAGGUUGUUACAGUGUGUAGAAUCUAUAUAAAUAAUUCACCAUCAUCCAAAUCGAUUAUUAUUGUAUCUUUCUUAAACUGUCCAGCACUUUUUCCCAGUAGAUCUCUUGUGGUCAGCCAAUUGGUUUCUGUGGUUGCAUUUUUGGUAUUAUAGGUUUCAAAGCCUAUCCUCUUAUUGAUUGGUUAGAAGCUCUGCCUGGUGUACUUCUCAUCUAUGCUUUGAAAAUAAUUGCCUUGAUGUCAUAGAAUUGAGAAGGUACAGUGCUAUGGUGUGCCUAAGCACUUGUGGAUAUGGGAGGAGUCUGGUGUGGAUGCUUACAGCCUCCAUUAAGUCUUUUUUUUUGCUAUGUUGAAACUGAUGAACACUGAUGAAAUGAAUGGUAAAUUCCAGUAAAGGGACAUCUUUUCUA